CCUAUUGCAAUUCCCAACUCUAAGCAUCAACUACAUAAGAUAAAAGGAAAAGGCAGUUUGAAAUGGAGAGCUAUUUGCUAGACGACUUGGAAAUCGCUGGAGAAGACCAUAUUGUCGGCACAUACCGUACCCGAGAUAACAUCGCAAAUCUAAAGCUUCGCUUUCGUGUACGCCAAGUGACUAGUUCCUACAGCUCUUCAAUUUUGAGUCCCUUGGGAUCCAGAAGAGAUUCCAAAGAAGCUGAAAGCGACUCAGAAUCAGGAUCCACAGAAAAUGGUAACAACACCUCCCAACUUCUCGACGAGGUUGUCGUGGGUUGGCAAGAGAAACUGUUCAGCGCAGCCGAAUAUCGGUUUUAUAGCGGAAAAAAGGAAUCCGAUUUUGAUAGGGACGCUCUCAGAAAGAAGUUCUUUCACCUGGUUCAAAACAAGGCGUCGGAUGGGAAGAAGAGCGGCUCUCAGAAAUUUCCAAAGCACAAGAUUUACACCACUUCCGAUGGGGAGAUUGUUCCAUUUUACGAGGACGAUGCCGAAGAAAUAUCUGAGAGAAAUAAUACGGCAACUAAUUAUCAACCACUCACCACUGAUCCAAACGAGGUAGCUUCAGAUUUGACCAAAGUGGUCGCUGACGGGCUUCGAAGGCGAAGAUACCUGAUCUCAGGUCGUCCGAGUCGUUCAGCGGUCGCCGACAAAUCCACUGUUCCAACGUCCAAUUUGAUUGUAGAGAAACCAAGUCGGGAAGCCCAAUUACGAAGCCGUGGCUUCUCGGACCAUUCUCAACUUAUGUUGAUUCGCUUUGACGUGACAACUGGUCAUGGAAGCUCGGAAGUGAACAAAGAAGGCACCUAUUUCGACCUCUGUGUUAUCAAGUACAGCUCAAACGGGGUUUUAGAAAUCGCUCCGGACUUUUCGCGGGAUAAGCGGCCUUACAGAGUGGAGAUGGACGUCAAGGGUGAGAAGUUGGUCUACGAGUAUUGGAUCGAACACGCUUCUACGAACAUGUCGUACGAGGACCAAAUUGGCGAGCAUCAAAUGCUCGGAAAUUUCUACGCCACUCAAAUCCAACCUCUCCUCAAAGAUGUGGGAGACGUUUUCGAGAUUCCUCCUGAGAAAUGCUUCCGUUUGGUUUUGAACGGGGAAAUCGUCAGUGCCGAAAACUUCGAAUACGACGGUCUUUUUAUUCAUUAUUUUGUGGAACUACCUCCAGGAUGGUCCAACACUGAGGAGUCUCAACUGUUUGGAAUAACCCAUACCAGUCGAACCACUCCGGACCCCGAGACCAAUUUGGACACGGCCCAUUUUUCUCACACAUUUGAGAUCGACCUCUAUUUUGAUAUCAAUCGCUUUGAUGUGUACAAAGAAUCCCUACCCAAUUGGCCUCAAAUCUUUGUUGAGGUGAUCUCGGUUGACUCGUGGUCUCGGGUCCGAACUGAAGGCUACGGAUCGAUGGCUUUGCCAUUCAUGGCUGGUUCCUACGACUUGAAGAUAGAUACUUGGAGGCCAGUAUUGCCAAAUUUAUCCAACGACCUGAGACGAUAUUUCAUCGGUGGAACUCCAGAACUAGAAGAUCUAGCUUACGCUGGAGUUCCCGGUGAUCUGGACGGACCAAUCUUGAGUCGCUUCGGCCUGCGGACCGUUUCAACUGGACGAGUUCGAUUGAGAUUGAAUUUGAUCCACCAAGCCAAGGCCUUCCUCAACGAGAAGAACCGAAACCCGAGGAUUUCCUUGUUUGAUCGAUUAGGUUCGGCAAGCUUGUUCAACAGUGUUCAAGCGGUUCUCGAGGCUUUUCAUCAAGCGCGAUCACGAUUCCAAAAAGCCACUGAAGGCUACGAUGUGAAGACCCUGCGGAGCAAACUAGACAUUGAUUCGAAAUAAGUUUUCUCUAAAGUCACACUUGGUUUCAUGAUUUAUUCUCUUGCCCAGAUGUUGGAACUUUGUAAAAGAAAUUAGUCAUCAUUUUUUACCAACAUGACUGGAGUGUAUCUCAAUGAUGGAGAGUGCGGCCUUCAGAUCCAUCAGAUUCCAUUCUUUUCGAUACGGAGAGCUCUUCAGGCUCUCGGUAAUUCGUGGUGGGCCUGAUGGUAAAUCUAGGCAACAUAAUUGUAUUGGUUGGCGUUGUCUUUGUCCCGUUCCAUGUAAUCCCGGUCGAUGAGCGAUUCGAUCCGUUUCUUCAAAUCGGCCGGUUUCACGGGAAACUUCAACUGUUGGAACAAUUCGUUGAUGAGCAUGGUAUGGCUCAGGGACUUCCUCAUCUUCAUGAUCCGCACAAUGGCCGCAUCGAUCUGAUGUUGUCGGUCUUGGAAAACGCGUUCUUCGGUGGCCUUUUGCUCGCCUUCGGUUUCUUUCAUCUGCACUUGGUUGAUUUUGAUGUGGUACAACUGAUGGGUGAACUCCUUAUUGAAUAGGAACUUGUCAGUGGCUUCAACUUCUUUUCCUCGUGGCAUCUUGUGUAAAACUCGGGCUUUGCCGCACGCCAAAGAUUGGAGGGUACGUUUUAAUU